AUGGAGCAGAAGAUCACGGAUCCUGAUGUUGUCCGGCCCACAGGGGGCGCUGGUGUCUCUAAAGGAGCUGCUGAUGAACAGUCAGCUGUGUGUGGAUUAAAAGUGUUUCCAUCUCGCCUGGUAUCAAUAACAGUUCUCAUCUCCAUCAUCACCAUCAUCAUCACAGUAACGUUGGUGUUUUUGCCGCACACACUGAAGCAGAGCAGCAUCAGCAGCAGCAGCGCCCUCUGUGGUGAGAAGUGGGACUGCAGCAUCACACCAGCUCCAACAUCCUCACCCACACUUCCACACUUGGCGCUGCAGGAUCAGUGGGCGUGGCAGGUCAGUCUGCAGUGGAAGGGUCAGCACGUGUGUGGAGGAGCCAUCAUUACUCCGACCUGGAUCAUCACUGCUGCACACUGCUUCAUCAAUGGUGUACGACCAGUGUGUUUACCAACUUUAUCUCAGUCGUUUCCAGUUGGUUCCACCUGUUGGGUGACGGGGUGGGGUUACACACAUGAAGGAGGUUCAGCAUCAGCAGAACUCAGACAGGCUCGAGUUUACAUCAUCGAUCAGACCCUGUGCUCCUCACGCCCCGUCUACAGCUCGUACAUCACUCCCAGCAUGCUCUGUGCUGGCAUCAUGGAGGGAGGAGUCGACUCAUGCCAGGGGGACAGCGGGGGUCCUCUGGUGUGUGAGACGACGGACGGUGAGUGGAGGUUGGCGGGUGUGGUGAGUUGGGGUGAAGGAUGUGGACGACCGAAUAAACCGGGUGUUUACAGCAGAAUCACCGCAGUACUGCAGUGGAUUCAUCAGUAUAUAGAGGAUGCAGAAAUGGCUGUAUAACUGGAUCAGAGACACAGAGACAUGAUGCUUUGUUUAUAUAUUAUUGUUAAAUGUG